AUGACGGACACAACAGAUGAUAUCGCAGAGGAAAUCUCGUUCCAGAGCUUCGAAGAUGACUGCAAGUUGCUCGGCAGUCUCUUCAAUGACGUGUUGCAGAGAGAAGUUGGAAGCUCAUUCAUGGUGAAAAUCGAACGCAUUCGGAUCCUCGCUCAGAGUGCGUUAAAUUUGCGUUUGGCUGGUAUUGAGGAUACUGCAAAUCUUUUGGAGAAGCAAUUGACUUCUGAAAUAUCCGAAAUGCCACUGGAGGAAGCCUUGACAUUGGCUCGUGUGUUCACUCAUUCUCUUAACCUAAUGGGCAUUGCAGACACUCAUCACAGAAUGCAUAAACUCAUAAACGUUACACAGCUUUCAAGAUCAUGUGAUGAUAUAUUUAACCAGCUAUUGCAAAGUGGAAUUACCCCGGACGAGCUUUACGACACGCAUCUUCUUGAAUAUAAAAGCAGACCAGAUCUAGGCCAUGAAGACCGAGAAACACUCAUUGAAGAUUUGGUUAGGGAGAUAACUUCACUAUGGCAGACUGAUGAGCUUAGACGUCAAAAGCCUACUCCAGUUGAUGAAGCUAGGGCUGGUCUUAACAUUGUUGAACAAUCUCUUUGGAAAGCUGUACCACAUUACCUGCGUCGUGUCAGCAAUUCAUUGAAGAAGUUCACGGGGAAGCCACUUCCAUUAACAUGUACUCCUAUAAAAUUUGGUUCUUGGAUGGGAGGUGAUAGAGAUGGAAACCCAAAUGUCACGGCAAAGGUCACAAAAGAAGUAUCUCUCUUGUCUAGGUGGAUGGCUAUUGACCUGUACAUAAGAGAGGUUGAUAGUUUAAGAUUUGAAUUGUCUACGGAACGAUGCAGUGACAGGCUUUCAAGAUUAGCGGAUGAAAUUCUUGAAAAAGAAAGUUUUGAAAAAGAUUCUGACAGAGGCCAAUCAAGUUUCUCAAACCAGAAAAGUUCAUCUCUACCAUCACAACUUCCAGCUAGAGCUCACCUUCCUUCUUGCAUUGAAUAUGGUAAUUCACAGCAUCCAAAAUUUGAAAUUGAUACGACAACAGAUUUUAUGCCACCAAAUAAGAAGCAGAAUGGACAAGGCUUCCCCAAGACUGAACCGAAGCAAACCGAUGAGGGUACUCAGCCAGGUCUUACUUCCCGAGGUUCUUUCUCAUCUACCUCUCAGCUUCUCUUGCAGAGGAAACUAUUUGCGGAAUCUCAGAUUGGGACAGACAGUUUUCAAAAGCUACUAGAACCACCUCCACUUAAACGAGCUGGAAUGGCUCCUUAUCGUAUUGUUCUUGGAGAAGUUAAGGAAAAGCUUGUGAAGACAAGAAAAAUUCUUGAACUUCUACUUGAGGGUCUCCCUUGUGAGUAUGAUCCUUUGGUAUCUUAUGAAACAUCAGAUCAACUUCUAGAGCCAUUGCUCCUCUGCUACGAAUCUCUGCAAUCAUCUGGUGCUGGUGUGCUAGCUGAUGGAAAACUUGCUGAUUUGAUCCGUAGAGUUUCUACGCCAGCUUUGAAUGAAAUUACAACAUAUUUGGAUCUUGGUACUUAUAGUGAAUGGGAUGAAGAGAAAAAACUAGACUUUUUAAUAAGAGAACUCAAAGGGAAACGACCCCUUAUUCCUCCGACUAUUGAGGUUGUUCCUGAAGUUAAAGAAGUAUUGGACACAUUCCGAGUUGCUGCUGAGUUUGGAACUGAAUCACUUGGAGCUUACGUUAUUUCCAUGGCUUCAAAUGCAAGUGAUGUCCUUGCUGUUGAGCUUCUGCAAAAAGAUACUCGACUUGCUGUUACUAGCGAACAUGGAAAGCCAUGUCCUGGUGGAACGCUGCGAGUGGUUCCACUUUUUGAAACGGUGAAAGAUUUAAGAGCUGCUGGUUCUGUGAUAAGGAAACUGCUCUCAAUCGAUUGGUAUAGAGAACACGUCCAAAAGAACCACGAUGGUCACCAAGAGGUUAUGGUUGGAUACUCUGAUUCAGGAAAAGAUGCUGGACGUUUUACUGCAGCAUGGGAACUAUACAAAGCUCAAGAAGAUGUUGUGGCCGCUUGUAAUGAAUAUGGCAUCAAAAUCACUUUGUUCCAUGGUCGAGGAGGAAGUAUCGGUCGUGGUGGUGGCCCAACAUAUCUAGCCAUACAGUCCCAACCACCAGGCUCUGUAAUGGGCACUUUGCGUUCGACCGAGCAAGGGGAGAUGGUUCAAGCCAAGUUUGGGAUACCGCAAACCGCUGUUCGACAACUAGAGAUAUACACAACCGCGGUUUUACUAGCUACCUUAAAGCCUCCACAACCGCCACAAGAGGAAAAAUGGAGAAACCUAAUGGAAGAAAUCUCAACAUUUAGUUGCCAGAACUAUAGAAACAGUCUAUGA